UCUUCAUCUUCAUUUUCAGCAAUUCAAUGUCUUUUUAAAUUGAUAUAACUAUCUAGAAAUACAUAUCGACUGCACUUAAUUUUAUUAUCUCAUAAUCAAUUAAUUACGUUACAUAACUUGAUAGUUGAGGUUGUAGCAUUGUUUGGUACUGCUAUUAUUUUUUGAUAUAAACCAUUGCUUUUACACCAUUGCCAUAUAUAAUACUUUAAAUGAUUAACACCAAUUACACAGGACAAUAAGUAAUUGACCUGACUCACUUAUAAAUAUUAGUGUAAUGUAAGCGGUAAACGGUAUGAAAAGAAAUUACAAACGCAAAGCACAAACUAAAUCAAAGUUCAAAAUGGAAAAUAACAUUCGACUUCUUAGUGACAUUACUUCAGAAAUCUAUGAUGAUGAGAACAUUGUUACAAGCACAUCUUCUGAACAGGUUGAUGUUGAAGUUAUGAUUCUGAAAAUGUUAAAGAUUUUUGAAUGUAAAGCAUCAAUUGAUCCUAACAUGCCAAAACUUCAUAGAAAACUUCACAGCAAAUCAUUGAAUAGUUGGCUGUUAAAUUUACCAAAAAGCUACAGAUGUCUGGAAGCAAGUCGUCCAUGGCUAGUUUAUUGGAUACUGCAUUCGUUGUGGCUAUUGAAUGAUCUACCUGAUGCAAAGAUAUUAUCUAACGUUGUUGAGUUCCUUUCACAUUGUCAGCAUCCUGAUGGUGGUUAUGGGGGAGGACCUAGUCAGUUUGCCCAUCUCGGCACAACAUAUGCAGCUAUCAAUGCCCUUUGUAUAAUUGGGACAGAUGAGGCUUAUGCUUCUAUCAAUAGGAAAUCAUUGCAAAAUUUCUUAUGGGCAGUGCGAGGUGUUGAUGGUUCUUUUGCACUGCAUUUAGGUGGUGAACAAGAUAUUAGAGGUGCAUAUUGUGCUCUCACUGUAGCAAAAUUAACUAACAUAUAUACAGAUGAAUUGUUUGAUAAAACUGCUGAGUGGAUAGUAAGUUGUCAAACUUAUGAAGGUGGCUUUGCUGGAUAUCCUGGAAUGGAGGCACAUGGGGGUUAUGCAUUUUGUGGUGUUGCAGCUUUAGCACUCCUUAAUAGAACACAACUAUGUGAUGUAGAUGCUUUACUGAGGUGGUGUGUGAAUAGGCAAAUGCGUGUUGAAGGGGGAUUUCAAGGGAGAACUAAUAAGUUAGUUGAUGGUUGCUAUGCAUUUUGGCAAGGAGCCAUUUUUCCUGUUAUAAGUGCAAUUUAUUCUCAAGAAAAUAAAGAGGUAGUGGAUAAAGUACUAUUUAAUCAAGGGGCGUUACAAGAAUACAUUUUAAUAUGUUGUCAAUCUCCAGAAGGAGGGCUUAUUGAUAAACCUGGAAAGCCGACAGAUAUUUACCAUACAUGCUACACAUUAAGUGGCUUAUCAAUAGCACAACAUGGCACCUGUACCGGCGAUACUAUUAUUGUUGGUAAAAAUCGUAAUGAACUCAAUCCACUACAUCCAUUACACAAUAUAGCACCUAAACAUGUUUAUAAUGCUAUUAACUAUUUUCGAAAAGAACAAUAUAUAGAAAAACCCCAAAAUUAAUUUUUCCUGUGCAUGUGAGUGAUGUUAUAUAUCUAGUAUAUUUUUAAAUGAUCAUAACUACCGAAGAGCUAGGAACUGAUUAAUAAUAAAAAACACCAAAUAUGU